AGGCAGACAAUACGCUGGGUGCGGGAUUGGUACAGUUCUGGCAUGUAGUUCGGAAAAUCCCGUUUGAAAAGACCUGGAUGUGUAUAAAAACAAGAGACUGACAGAGCAGGUCUGGUCACGAUCUUCCUCUCCCUUCGAUAAUAAAGCAGAGGGCAGAACAUCGUCUCACACAAAUAAUUACAAGAACAGGACACAGGACUUGCACCACAUCCACAGGGCAGACUGUCCAGUCUGGCUUCAUAGGUAGUGCCAGGAGCUGUUUGUAAACACAGUCGGCUUUUGUUGUGAAAGACAGUCGGUCUCAACGGGGUGUCGUCUGCUAAAUGAUGUUUUUACCCGACACGCCACCCGGUAAAGAACUUGUCAAGGCAAAGUGACUGACAGCCUCCUCGUCAGUAGAUUGCGCAAGUUACAAACAUCUCACACCAUCUUUCGGAACACUUCUGCAGGAAAAGAUGGGAAAUCUGUCCUACAGUCACACGAGCCGCCUGAAGGACAGUCCACAGGGCAAGCCCUACAUGGAGACGUGCUCCUUCCAAGCCAGCUCCCUCCACAGGGACGAAUCCUGGGACAUUCACCGAGGAAAGCUGAUGCCCGACUGCACAGACCUGUUAGUUAAAAUUCCCUCCACGCUGGACCUGCGGACAGAGUGCGCAUGCGCGGAGGAAGUCACGAAGCACCAGCUCGCUCGCAACGUCCUGCACCACUUCCGUGCGGGCAAAAACAAGAUCAAAGUGCCGGGGUGUUACUACGCGGAGGUCAAGAAAAUAGGUCGAGGGUCUGAGCGCAUCUUCAAUAAAACUGACAACCGCGUGCGAAGAUCCGACUUCGUGGUCAUCCAGGAUGUCCCAGCGAAAGCCGCCGUCGACCAGGAGCUGCUGCCAGCCGAUGGCACCCCUCAGGGAGACCACCCUCUUCUGGAAGCUUUUGCUCAUGCCAGUUACCAUUAUUCCCACGGAGAGUACCUUCUGGCCGGGAUGAAAGGAGCGGUAACCGACCAGAGAAGCGACUACAGAUCCUACACACUAACUGCCUUCACUUACCAUUCCAGGACGGCUCGAUUCGGUCCCGAAGACCUCGGAGAGGAGGGAAUCAAGUGUUUCUUCAGUCAUCACCAAUGCACGGACUUGUGCAGGGGGUUGAGACCCUAUACUGCAGACCACAACCCACAAUUGUGGGCUUCACGCUACAGUUCGCGAGAUUCUCGCCCCACGUUCGUGGGUCGCCCUCCUUCUUACGAAGAAGCGAUGGGGCGAGUGGAGAUCUUUCCCAUGGUAUAAAUAAGCAUGUUUCGUCUCGAAUGUUUCAAAAUAACUGCCUCAUUAAUGAGUCUGCUAGUGUCACAGGGUUAAUAUUUGUAAGUUGCGAAACUGCGGCAAAAUGAAGGACCAUAGCUGCUUAUAUUCAUUGUUGCUAGAAUAUUGCGGGACAACAUUGCUCAGGCCAAGUGCCUUCAAAAACUUCCAAGUACACUCUCAGUUGACUGAGAAGCUUGACAAACAUGGUGAUGGCUUGCCCACGAACAAUUAAAGAAAGAAACACAUGAACAAGCAAUUUCUGAGUAGUAGUGUCAUUUACGAAAAACAAUCGAAAGGAUUAUCGGCCUGUUGUAUAUCUGUGCAUUGGGAAACACUGAUGUUAUUCCUGUAUGCAUCGUAGAUAACGACUGAACUAUCUCAUGGGACCAAAGGUUGCAGAGAGGUUGUGUCAUUUUGUGUGUGUGAGUGUGUGGGUGUGUCUACGUGUGUACGUGUGUGAGCGUAAAAAGGAAAGAAAGAUGGUAUUUUAUGUUUGUGUAAAUUAUUGGGUGCUAAGCAAUGUCAUUGUGAACUUCCAAUAAAAAUAAAUCACCCGUAUUUUGUAGAUUGUU